GAGCACCCAUUCCUAUUCCUAUACUUAGAAUAAGAAGAUCCACUUUGAUUUUAUUUAAAUCAGUUGACGAAGUGUAGGGAUAGCGUUCGCACAUCGCUUUCUUUUCUAAGCGAUCGAUCCUCUUGUAAGUGAAAUUAUCUGUGUCCAUUUCGGUAGCCAUUGAUGAACACGCGGUGCUUAAAUUGAGUGAACAAAAUGACUAGUUUUUGUAAUUUUGCACAAUUUUUGUGCAUGACGGUGAUUGUGAUAGGAGUUUUUGAUACGGCCAACACUCAAUACCAACAUUUUUUGGAUAGUUCGAACUUCAAUGAGCUCUAUAGGCAUACUGAUGAGCCUAUGAUACAAGUUCUAAAACUUGGAGAUAGUGAAUCUGCGUUUAUGCAAACGGAGAUUCCGAUUCACUUUUACAGUGAAAAAUACGAUCAUAUUUACAUCAACACAAAUGGUAUUCUAACUUUUCUUACCGAAUUUCCCGAGUAUCUAAAUCAACCGUUUCCACUGGAGUAUCCGUCGAUAGCACCAUUCUUCUCAAACGUGGAUACAUCCGGUGCAAAUGAUUCAACAACAAUCAGUCUUUUCAAAUCACAGAAUCCCGAAAAAUUACAGAAGACCAAUGGCCUUAUAAGGAGUGUCAUUCCCGAAGAAUAUGAUUUUGAAGCAACAACGUUAUUUGUUGCCACUUGGGAGAAAGUUGGUUACUACGAUGGAAAAACUGAUAAACUGAAUACUUUCCAGGCCGUCAUUAUUUGCAAUGAAGAUACAACCUACGUUCAAUUUAUCUACCCGAAAGGCGGGAUCAAUUGGUUGCAAGCUGACACUGGAGAACUUGGCCUACCCGAUGUUCGAGCUCAAGCUGGUUUCAUUGCGGAGGAUGGAAGGUUCUUCACUAUUGACGGAUCGGGAACUGAUAAUGCUAGGUACUUCAGUGAGAUGUCCAAUGUCAAUAUCGACGGCGUGUUCCUCUACCAUGUGGGACUCUUGGAUUUCGAUUCGAAUAUUUCUGACUCGGUGAGUCAGGAAACUGAAACUGAGGCACCUGCUCCUAGGACCUGUGCUGAAGGCAAUCACGGAAUAUGUCACUCUUCAGCCACUUGCUUCGAUAAAUCUGAUGGAUUUUGUUGCAAAUGUCUAAAAGGAUACUAUGGAAAUGGAAUGUCGUGUGUGAAAAACACAGUUCCUAUUCGUGUGUCUGGAUCACUUAGCGGUAAUAUAAACAAUCAGCCCAUUGACGCAGCUGCGAAGCUGCAAUCCUACAUAGUUAUGCAAGAUGGGCGAAGUUACACUGCUAUCAAUCCGAUCAGUCACGAAUUGGGCGCCCAAUUGAAGUUGGCUUUACCAGUUAUCACCUCGAUCGGUUGGCUCUUCGCAAAACCACUGUCUGCCGAUGGUUUGAAUGGUUAUCAACUGACCGGUGGAAAACUCGUUCACAACUCAGAACUGGUAUUCAAAUCUGGGGAAGUGCUGUAUAUUAAUCAGACAUUCGAUGGUUUGAACUAUUGGGACCAGCAGCAAGUUAAGAUCGACAUCAAUGGACAUGUACCGCAGAUUGGCUACGAUGAAAAAAUCCAAGUUCCCGACUACAUCGAAGAAAUAACCUUCACUUCUCGGAACAGCAUUUCGAUGAUUGGAGAACGUCGCAUUGAAAUACCCUCGAGGAACAAUGCUAUUGAAUUUGAAAUGAAGCAACAAAUAACCUUCGAUGCUUGCUACUUGGACCACGAGACCGAUCCAACCGGAACAAGUAUUAUGGAGAAGGUUUCGAAGAUCACCUUGGACUACUUCCCACAAGAUCAAGCUCUCCGCACAGGGUUGCUGGCUAAAAUUGGUGCUGAUGUUGGUUUGAACCCAUGCUCAGAUGGUUCAGCGAAUUGUGGGGAGAAUACUGUGUGUGUUCCAGAUGAGGACUCCUACAAUUGUAUCUGUAUGGAUGGAUUUGCACCUGAAGUGAUCGAUGGAGAUAGAGAAAUUUGCGUUGACAUUGACGAGUGCCAGACAGGGUCUGACAUCUGUGAUGAUAACGCCCUGUGCAGAAACACUCUUGGAGGAUACACGUGCAUGUGUCUUGAAGGCUACUUUGGGAACGGUCAUGAGUGCAGUCCUCUUGGUGGAAACUACAUCAUUGAAUCUACGACUGGAAGUGGUGAAGAAGAGGCAAAUACACUCGAUCAAGACAGAAGGGAAGAAAUACUCAGGUUACAAGAGGAACAAAGACGUGCAGAGGAAGCAAGACGGGCUUCAGCGGACGAAAGAUGGAAAGAAAGUCAAAUGAGACAGGAACAAGUUAGAAUUGAAGAGGAAAAGAGGCGCGAAGAAGAUGAAAGAAGAAUUGAGCAAUCAAUGAGACAAGACGAGGCAAGAAGGGAGGGAGCAAGAAAACAACAAGAAGCAGAGCGAAACAAUCAAAGGAGGGAAUUCGAGGCUAGGCGGGAGGAGGAACGUAGAGCUGCUGAGCGAAUUGAAAAUGAGCGCAGAGAUCAGGUAGAAAGGCAAGAAGCUGAAAUAAGGCAAAAUGAAGCGAGGGAAGAAGAGAGGAUCAACGAAGAGCAAUGGGAAAGUGAUAGAAGGCAAGAGGAGAAAGAAGAAAGUGAAACGGAGUAUACACCAGAACAAAGUUCCGAUUGUUACCGUUGUUCAAAGGAUGCAAAUUGCGUGGAAGGACAUUGCGAGUGUAGGGAAGGACACAAGGGUAACGGUUUCUUCUGCGAAUACAUUUGUCGUCCCGAUGAAAGUUGGGAGGAUGGUAAAUGCGUGCUACCCACCGUUGAACCAAGCUGCAGCUUUUUCAGCGGUUGCUCCUGCCCCGAAGGAUAUGAUCUGUCUCCGGACGGCAGCAUUUGCCGCCUCAUUAGCUCUAAUGAACUCCCUACUAAUAUUGUUACGUGCGACGUUGAAGAUAGAUGUCAUGAAAAUGCAACCUGCGAAUGGUCCGAACAGGAAAUGGGUCACAUUUGCAUUUGCUUGCAUGGUUUCGCUGGCGAUGGCUUCAAGUGCAGCAGAAUUGAUGAAUCAUGUACAACGAAUCCUGCCUUAUGCGGUGUUCAUGCUACCUGCGAGUAUAACGAAUCAAUUGGGAAAUCCGAGUGCAAGUGCGAACCACGUUACGAAGGCGAUGGAAUAAAUUGCAAACUUGCUCCCGAGUGCCGUUCCGACGUGGAUUGUGGUCAAUCGGCGUAUUGUGAUAAAGGCGUUUGCCAAUGCAACGAAGGAUUCGAACGUGACUUGUCAGACUUUUGCGUACCGGCCGGCAUGUGUGGUGGAACUUAUUGCGCUGACAAUGCUAUGUGCAAAUGGGAUAACAGACAGCAUGUUCAGUAUUGUGAAUGCAUGGAAGGAUAUCAGGGCGAUGGAGUGAGUUCUUGCAAGAGUAUACCAACAUCGUGUCGCGUCAGAAAUACAUGUGGGGUGCAUGCUACCUGCGAACCUUCUAGAACUGAUCCAGCUUUGUUUGAAUGCAUUUGCAAUCCUGGAUUCUAUGGCGAUGGAUAUCUUUGUAUUGAGGAGCAGAACUGCCAGAACACACCAUCAUUGUGUGACCCUAAUGCCAGCUGUCAGUCUAUAAAUAGUGGUAUUGCUUGCGUUUGCAAACCUGGAUAUCUGGGCAAUGGAACAAUAUGCCGAGAAAGACCGACUUACGACUCUGGAUUCCUGUUGAUAAGUCAAGGUGUCGUUAUUGUGCGUGUUCCAUUCAAUGGAAAACAAAGUCGACCCAUUUCGGUGGCUUCCAUGGCCAUCGGACUCGACAAGGAUUGCAUUGAAGGACGUGUCUACUGGGGUGAUAUAUCGGCGAAGAAAAUCAUGAGCGCAAAAUACGACAGCACAGAUACUCGUCCGUUCAUUACUGAUGACAUUGAAUCGCCAGAGGGAAUAGCAAUUGAUUCCGUAUCUCGACGAAUCUAUUGGACUGACUCGGUAAAGGACACAAUUGAAGUGGCUAGCUUAGAAGAUCGAACGAUGAGGGCUGUAUUGGUGAACAAACAUUUGGUCAAUCCCCGAGGCAUUGCUGUCGACCCAUAUAGAGAGAAACUUUACUGGUCCGAUUGGAAUCGUGAAUCGCCAAAAAUUGAAAUGUCCGAUUUGGACGGUACCGGCCGCCAGAUUCUCCUAGAUAAAUCAACGGUCAUGCUGCCAAAUUCGUUGGUAGUGCUCAAAAACAGCGGGGAAUUAUGCUUUGCCGAUGCUGGAAACCACAAAAUUGGGUGCAUCGACGGCUACACGAAUAAGGUGAGGACUGUCGCUUCGGAUCUCUCAUAUCCGUUCGGACUAUCUGCCACGGAUAAUAGUUUCUAUUGGACUGAUUGGACAACGAAAAAACUUGAACGUGUCGAUUUUGAUGGUACCCGUCAUCAAGGUAUGCGCAGUCGGGUGUUGGGAAGUCACAAAAUGUACGGCAUGACUGCUGUGGAGGACUACUGUCCACAAGGUUCCAGUCCCUGUCAGAUAAACAACGGUGGAUGCCCGGCCGAUAGGAUUUGUUUGUCAAACCGUAACUCACCAUCUGGUAAAAGCUGUAAAUGCACAAAACAAUCAAAGACCUGUGACACGCAAUACUAUGAUGAACAUUUUCAACAGUUUAUUUAAGAAUGAUAAGAAGUUGUUUUUUUCCUUAAACAACACUUAAAUUGAAAAAAGUAACUUUUUUGAGUUUCUAAUAAUGUAUUUGCCAGUUUCUUUAUUUAUAAUUAAGCAUCAUAUUUUUUCAAAACACCUAAAAUAUAAGAAAGUUAUUCAGCCAAAUAGAAGUCGUUAAGAUGAACCAAAAAUCAAAUAACAAACAAAAUAAUUCAAUUAUCCUGUCGUGUGCCUUAAUUACUGUUUAUUUGAAUGUUUUUUUUACCAGAAGAUAAUAAUAAAAUAUUUAAAUUUAUAGAA